AGGAAGCUACAGUCCCUGGUGGGUUUCUUGAAGUGAAGGAAGUGAGUGGAAAGAGGGUUUUUGGUAGUGAUCUGACAGUUCUUCAGGAAGGUGGGGCUAUGUCUCACUGGAGCCUAAGUGGAUGAUUGUUUUUGUUUUUGAUAAAUGAGUUAAUUUAAUAAAAAUGCAGAAGCUUCUUAGAAGGACUGUAGCUAGAAGAGGGAGUGUGGAGUUUGUUUUGGUGGGGGAAUAGGGAGGGCAUAGGAGAGUACCAUGAGGGGAGGUUUAGUUGGCAGCUGGCCCUGUUAUGAGAGUACUCUUUGCCAAGGUUAACAGGGAAUUGUAUGAAUUUACUUGUCUGGAUAAUUGUGCUUCUCUCUCAUUAUGUAGUGCCAUCCCAGGGAAAACCUAGGAGAAUGCUGAUUGAAUCUUUCUAUGCCAAUCCCAGAAUCUGAAUACAGUAGGGGUGUGUGUGUGUGUGUGUGUGUGUAAUGAACUAGCUGAGGAUUGGGAGUUCAUAAAAUGAAACAUCUCAAAAUUACAGUAGAUAUGGGGUAUUGCUUUCUUGUUCUUCAAACCACUGUAAAAGAGUUUCCAAUGCAACAGAGGCAUCAGACUGUGAAGGAAUGUUGACUUGUUCAUCAAUAUAACUCUUAUGUGAUUUUGGUUGUCUUCUUUUCAUCUGUUGGAAAAAAUGGUUCAUAUAACUAGUCAUUUGUAUGAUUGGUGUUCAUAAAUGAAGUCUGAACGUGGAGGGCUCCACAGGUGCCAUUCACCAUUUGGAACAUAAAUAGGUUUUAUCAGUUCAAAAACUGCAAAAGCAGAAGCUUAAAGCCUUAAAACUUUAUGAUUAGUAUUGUAACUAUUUUAAAAUGUACAAUGAGAGGGUUAGAAGUUCUCUGGGAGCAUUCAAGCAUGCUAAUCUAAACCACCUUGUGAAAGUUACAAGUAGUAGCUAGAAGGCAGGUAGGCCAAUAGCCAUAUUGUCCAUUUUUAUUUUUUGGUCUGGUACAGACCCGACAUCCCCUUAUGUGGGUCAAAAACUCUUAGAAAUGGUAGUAAGUUGUGCUAUCAUUUCAUCAGACUUUGAUCAGUGCUAUAGCUGGGCACUAGGGCUCUCAAAUCACUUUACCAGAGUCACUGUUCUCUGAGAUUAAUCAAUGUAGCUUUAAAAGAUAUACAGCUAUACACUCUCAUAUGCCCCCCACACCUGUCUCUCUCUUUAAUCUGGGACUUGUCUAAUAGGUGUCUGUUAGAGGCCUUAUGGAGAAUCGGAAGCAACAGGUGUUUAUCAGGGUUCCAAGUUGCUGAUACGUAAAAACUUUUGAGCAGCUAUGGUAACAAAACUAGUUGCUUACAAGUUACAUGCAGCAUUUUUAUACAGAUGCUUAGUAACAUGGAGAUGAGCCAGUUAUAAAUAUCUAGAUACCUAUGGAUAGACAAACUCUUCCCAAAAAAGUUUCUGGCAAUAGCUUGCUUUCUCUUCAGCUGCCUUGAGAUGCAUUCUAUUUCAGAACUUUCCCCAGGUCCCUGCAUCAUUUUACACAUCUGAAAACAUACUAUUGAUUUAUACUAUCCAGUGCCCAUACCAAUAUGGGAAUCAUGGCUGCCUCCAUUUUUUGUUAAUCCUGAAGUACUGAUAUUUGGGAGGAGGAGCUGAAAUAGUUUGGGUUAUUGAAUUUUCUAUUAAAAUGUCUGCUUAUCUCCAAGAGACAGUGGUGUGAGCCAUAUUGUCAAGUAGAAAUGCUGCAAUAGGAAACUAUGAAUGGUUUGACUUCAUGACUGAAACUUGGUGGCCAAACCUAGUUUUUUCUGUGAACAUUGGGCAUAAUAGUGCUUUAUGUAGUUCCUCUGAUACCCACACAAUAUGAUUAGUAUCACAGUCCUGGGCUUGAGGCCUUUCUCUAGCUAUGUCACCCGCUGAUAGAAAUUCACUAGAAUUUCUUUCUUUAGUGUUAACAAAAGAGGUUAACACAAUUCUAAAAUAUAGAGAUCAUAUGUAGAAUUGCUCUACUGAUUUGUCAUUAACUAUUGUGUGGAUUAGUGACAUGGAGGAGAAAGGUGGGGUGGAAAGUGGGUAGUUCUGGUGUUUGUCAAAAAUGGAGAAGGGUUUUUCAUACCAUACUGAUUUUGUUUUUCUAACAAGUGCAGUGUUUUUCAGAACAGCUUUAUGAAAAAUACUGCACUGAACGAUAACAUUAAUAUUUCUCUGCUGCACAAUUAAUGACCAAAUGUUAUGGCUUCAGAAAUUGCUGUUUAUUUGACAAUAGAACAAAAAUCCUAUGCAGAAAUAGGGAAGACAGCCAAUGAUUAUAACUGUCUUUUGGGAAGAAAAUUCUAUUGGAGUAGAUCCUCAGACCUUUGACUUCAGUUUAAAAUAAAAAUCAACAGUACAAAUUUCAAGGUUUGGUUUUUGUUUUUGUUUUUUUUAGUCUGGGAUUUUCAGAUGAGCUUGGGAAGGGGUUAAGUGCCUAAAUCCUAUUCCUUUUCUAUUUUUAAAGCUUCCUCAAAUGUAAGCCGUCAGUACACAUCUUUAUUGCCUUAAAAGCAGUUUUACUACAAUUUCAGUCUGUUUCAGGGAUAGCUGUGAAGAAAAAGCAUAUAUAUGCAUUUGUUUCACAAAUAACUAAGUAUAGGACAGCAGAUUGUAUUUUGAUAAAAUAUUGAAAAGUUGUUUCUGAAAAGUUAAAAAUCUUUCAACUGGCAGCCACAAGAGGUGGCUAUUUUCUUAUUCUUGUCUCAACAAGAGUGGAUGACGACAAACUGAAAAGAAACUGAAAAUAAAAGGACAAUUCUGCCUUCUGUACGGUUAAAGAAAGAGAUGAGACGGAUAAGCAGUCAAGAAAGUCUCCGCUAGACAGAAGAUGUGCGUUUUUGUUUAUUUGUUUUUUUGUUUUUGAUUGUUAGAAUAAAAUGUUGAAGUAGCUAAAAUAUCAAAUCCUAUAACCAAUGACAACAUUUCAGUGGCUGGUGACAAUGCUAUUGCUAUUACACAUUUUGAACUUUGUUGGAAAUAAUUAUGCCCUCAGUGGAGAAAGAAGCAGUGAAAACACAUCUUUUCCGAUAGCAACAAAUGGACAGCCAUUUCCGUGGAAUAAAUUAAGGCUCCCUGAUUGGAUUCUUCCAGUCCAUUAUGACCUUCUAAUUCACCCGAAUCUGACUUCAUUAAGAUUCAUGGGAUCUGUGAAGAUUCAAGUCACUGUGGUACAUGAAACUAGCACCGUAGUCUUACAUAGCAAACAUCUGGAAAUCACCAGUGCAGCUAUUGAGGAGGAAAAUGGAAAGACCCAAGCAGAUUUAAAACAAAUUAAAGUUUUGGAAUACCUGCCCCAUGAGCAAAUUGCUUUUCUAUAUGCUGAGCCAUUGCGGGUGGAUAAGAAGUAUUUCCUUUCUAUAAACUAUAUUGCCAAUCUUUCAGACGGUUUCUAUGGCUUUUAUAAAAGUACUUACAAAACUAAGGAUGGUCAAACAAGAUUGUUGGCUUCUACUCAUUUUGAACCUACUUCAGCCCGCCUGGCAUUUCCAUGUUUUGAUGAACCAUCCUUUAAGGCGAAUUAUACAAUAAAGAUUCGGAGGGAUGGGCAACAUAGUGCACUAUCUAAUAUGCCAAAGGUAAAGACUCUAAAGCUAGACAACAACCUGUUUGAAGAUCACUUUGCAGAGAGUGUAAAAAUGAGCACCUACUUGGUAGCAUUUAUAGUUAGUGAUUUCCAGUCAGUCAGUGGUACAACUUCAUCUGGAAUUAAGGUGUCAGUAUAUGUCACUCCAGAGAAACUGAAUCAAGCUCAUUAUGCACUGGAAGCUGCCAUAAAGAUAUUGGAAUUCUAUGAGCAAUAUUUUGGUAUCUAUUACCCUCUCCCAAAACAAGAUCUUGUUGCUGUCCCUGACUUUCAGUCAGGAGCCAUGGAGAACUGGGGCCUGACCACAUACAGAGAGACUUCUCUGCUUUAUGAUCCUGAGACUUCUUCAGCUUCUGACAAACUUUGGGUUACCAUGGUAAUAGGACAUGAACUUGCUCAUCAGUGGUUUGGUAAUCUUGUUACCAUGGAAUGGUGGAAUGACAUCUGGCUGAAUGAAGGGUUUGCUCGAUACAUGGAAUUUAUAUCUGUUGAUGCCAUGUACCCAGAGUUGCAAGUGAAUGAUUAUUUGUUAGGUACCUGCUUUGCAGCAAUGGGAAGAGACUCUAUGAACUCAUCCCACCCCAUAUCUUCAAAAGCAGAAAACCCAACACAGAUCAAGGAAAUGUUUGAUACUGUGUCAUACGACAAGGGGGCUUGCAUUCUGCACAUGCUGCGGAACUUUCUGACUGAAGAGGUGUUCCAGAAUGGAAUAAUUCAUUACUUAAAGAAACACAGUUAUAGUAAUGCAAAGAAUAAUGAUCUCUGGAACAGCUUGGCUAAUACAUGUUCAGAAGAGGACUUUACUUCUGGUAAAUUUUGUUACAGCAAAAGUCAGGUGGUUAAGAAUGCACAUAGCUAUUAUAUUGAUGAACACUUUGAUAUUGCGGAGAUAAUGAACACAUGGACACUCCAGAAAGGAAUUCCACUGAUUAUUGUCGAACAAAAUCAGAAGAGAAUUAAAAUAAGACAAGAACGCUUCUUGAAAGGCAUUUUCCCACAUGAUCCUCAAUGGGCCUCAAUGCAAAUUGGCUUCCUCUGGCAUGUUCCCUUGACGUACAUCACAAGCCACUCCAAAAGUAUUGGAAGACAUUUACUGAAGAAUCACUCAGAUACCAUAGAACUGGAAGAAGAUGUCAAUUGGGUAAAAUUCAAUGUUGACAUGAAUGGCUAUUACAUUGUGCACUACGAGGGGAAUGGAUGGGACGCAAUCAUUGAACUGUUGAAUCAGAACCACACCAUCUUCAGCUACAAGGACAGAGCCAACCUGAUCCACAAUGCAUUUCAGCUAGUCAGUGCAGGAAGGUUAUCACUGGAUAGAGCUCUUGAUCUGACGCAAUAUCUCCAACAUGAAUCCAGUAACAUAGUACUUCUGCAAGGCCUGGGUUACCUGGCAGCAAUCUAUCGCAUGAUGGAGAGAAGAAAUAUUUCUGAUGUCACAGAAAGUCUCAAGCGGUACAUCCUGCAGCAUUUUAAGCUGGUGAUUGACAGGCAGACCUGGAGUGAUGAGGGCUCCAUCUCUGAUAGAAUGCUACGUUCUGCUCUCCUCGAGCUUGCAUGUGACCUGCAAUAUCCUCCCUGUGUCCAGAAGGCAAAUGAGCUUUUCAGCAAGUGGAUGGGAUCAGGUGGAAAUUUAACUAACAUUCCUUCUGAUGUCCUGGAGACUGUAUAUUCUGUUGGAUCUAAAACAGCUGAUGGCUGGAAUUUUCUUUUGGAGAGAUAUAAAGUGUCCAUGUCUGGUGCUGAACAGAGAAAGAUCUGUUCAGCUUUGGCAAGCUGUAAAGAUGAUGCAAAACUAACAAGGUUGCUGGAGCUUGCAAUGGAGGGACAUAUAAUCAAGACUCAAGACCUGUCAUCAGUUAUCUAUAGUGUCAGCACAAAUCCAAUUGGACAACAUCUUGCAUGGAAGUUUGUAAAGAAAAAUUGGAGCAAACUGCUAGAAAAAUUUCCUCUGGGGUCCUUCUCAAUCAGAACAAUUAUAAUUGGAGUGACAGCACAGUUUUCUUCAAAACAAGAGCUGGAAGAGGUGAAGUUAUUUUUUGAAUCUGUAAAGGAGAAAGUGUCACAGCUGAGAGCACCCCAGAUUGCAGUGGAGAAUAUUGAGAAGAAUAUAAAAUGGCUGGAGAGAAAUUUAGUUACAUUAACAAAAUGGAUAUUGGAGAAUCUUAAGUAAAGCUGCUUGAGAUCUGAUGAAAGAGUGCGGUAUUACUCCAGGCUUUGAAAUAACACAUUUAAAAUCAAACUGGAUAUUUUUUCCUCUGAACAGAUGCAUAAUUGCUGCAGUACUUUAUUGAACAUCAAUCUUGUUGAAUUAUGCAGUUCAUUUAAUGAAAACCUUCCUGACAUCUGAUUGUUUAUUUUUAUGAAAUUUGGGCUGCCAUGUUUACAUUGGUUUUGUGUUUGUCUUUAUAUGUGGUUCUGUUUGGAUAUUUAGGUGUUUAAGCCAAUUGAAGGACUGUAGCUAUAGACUUGGAAGAGUGUGUGUAUGUUCAUGUGUUUUUGAUUUCACAAGAACCUUGUAAAAUUAACUUUGAAGUCCCAGUGUGGGUUACAUAUAUAAUUUAGGCCUUCUAUUAACUUUCUUAACAGCUGCAUAGAACCUAGCCCUGCCACUGUGUACCUUACUUAUUGUUCUCGGUCAGUGAUUUCCUCUGUUCUCUAAAAAAGCAGCUUUCCCCACGUUUUGCCUUUGGCAGUUUAAGAAAUAUAAAACAACUUCUAUCAAAGACAAAAUGCUGUGUAAGGUUCAUGAUAGAUAACUUGGUUUCAUUUUAAAAAGCCUCAUAUUUCGACCUUUUUAGAUUCCUCUAGUAUAGAAAUUGUAUGUCUCUUAGACAAAUCCAAAAUCAAGGAUUUUUUUUAAGAGACCAAAAUAUUUCACAGAUGUGAGAUAACUGUUUAGCUAAGAAACUGGAACAAAAUACUACUGUAUGUUUAGAUAAUAUUGGAGAUUGUGACAUGAAACAAUUUGUGCUAAAAAAUCCGACAUUAAACUUGACAUCCUCAGGGAAGCAAAUCUAGGACCGUUUUUGAAGGCUCUUGGUUGGCCCUCUUUUCUUCAAGACCCAAGAUUUAAUGAGUGACUCCAAACCGUGGACUCCAUACUGUUGUGUUGUUCCCCCUGGGUAACAGAGAUGGUGGCCCAGAUCUUCAAAAGUAUUUGGGUGCCAAUCUUUCAUUGAAAUCCAUGCGAGUUAGGCGCCUAUUUACUUUGGAGGUUCUGGGCUUAGGAGAAGUAGUAGAUGGUGAGGAUGGGGAAUCUGCAAUUGGCUAUACUAAAGGGGAUGAUGUCUUGAUUCUCCCUGGGGCUUAAGUUAACACUCCAGAACACUCUGUCAGCACAUAGCUUAUACUUCACACUGUGUGGCACUGACGCAUGAGCAGUACACAGUGCUAUAGCAGCACAACUUUCAACCUUCCCUGGGCGAGCUGGGGAACUCCCAUGAGCUGGGGAUUCCUGUGACUCAUAUAGCAGCGUUAUCUGAAUGAGUCCUGUUCUCAGGUCUACUAUUUUACUGUUCUUCGUCUUAUGUUAAAACUAAUGGGACUUGUGGGCAGGCCCUGAGAAAAUAUCUCUGGGUUUGAUCCUGCAAAGAGCUUAGUUUCCUACCCUCAACAUCCACUUAUUUCAGUGGAAGUUGUGAGCGUUCAGCACUGUGUAGGAUUGGGCCCUUGAGAGUUUUAAUUUGGAGUUGGGCUUUUUUUCCCCCCAAACAUGUUGUGGGAUGAGUUAAGGACAGAGGAUUAGCCUUAACUAUGAAUUUCUAGGCUUUCUCGGGCUUGACACUUAAGCAAAAUUCCCAUUGACGACAGCUGCCAUGCUGAUCAUUUCUGUUCUAAAUAUGGGACUGCCAGACUGAUCAGUGCAUCGAAAACUGCAACUCUUAAAUAUGAAUAAAUUAUAACUGAUCUACUGUACCUGAGAGACAAGCUUUGGAAGCUUUUCUGUGACAGUGACUAGUUCCAUGGCUGCCACUACUGCUGUCUGGUAGUAGGAGUGCCUGGAAAACUCUUUAAAAUGCCCACUAUUCACAUCAUUUGCAUUCCCUAGGUUGCACCUUUAUAUUGUGGCCAUGUAUUACCUCACAUUACGCUCCGCUCAACCAUAAGAGUUUACUCACAGUGCUGAGCUCUGUGCAUUUGUCUCUGAGCUAUGCAGAAGCCUUUUGGAAUACCUACUGAGUAAACACUGUUUGUUGAUCAGCAAUGCUUUUGAUUUGCUUUUUUGUUUGUUUGUUUUUGUAGAACUCAGCAACCUUUAGGACUGUGCCUUUAGAAAAUCCCUGAGGCAAGGGUGGUGUCUUUCUUUUUGUACAAAGCCAACUACAUUGUUGUUCAAUAAAUAAAUAAAUUUAAAUAAAUUCA